CAAGACUGCAGAGCAGCUCAGUAGUUGCAUCACUGUUUUUGUCUUUCCUCGCCAUCCCACACUGGUCCAGCAAUGGCUCUCUCUGCCAAUUGCACCGCAAGUGAGAAAGCAUAACAAAUCUCCAUUUCAAAAACCCAAAAGCAAAAUAAAAGAAAUUCUAAAACUGAAAAACUAGGAGACUCACAAAUUUCCCAUUUCAGUGUUUUACUGGGACACAACUCUCUUCUUGUUUAUCUGUCUCCAUUCUACUGCUCUGCUCUCUCUCUCUCUACAUUCCCUUUAGCUCUUUGCUAUAUUUGAGCUGCAGGAAAGAGUUAUUUACGCUCACUCAACACGCCCAAUCCCAUUGACGAACCGUCUCCUGCAGAGUUUGAUUUCGUGAGGUACCAAAAUCCCUCCGAUUCACUUGUUUUGCUCAUUCACAGCCUCACAACCAGCUUUGGGCACAUCUAAAUCUUCUCUGUUUUUGCGUCUUCUCUGCGUUCCCCUCAUGUAACUGCUCACUAUUUAUGCACCCCUCUGCUUCCUGCUUUCUCAUGCUGAAGGUUCCUCCAAAGGGUCUUCUCUGAGUAAUGUGAUUCUGAAGAAGGUGUUUGUUCGGUUCUUCUCUGUUCGGUUAAUGCCUGCUCGGCGUGCUCUGUUCUAAUCCAUCUUUCUUCGGAUUUCAAUCAUGGGUUCUCGCUAAUCCCUCCUUUGUCAAACUUUAGGUCCCCUGGGCUUGUAGUUGUCACUCUGGAUAGAUUUCUGCGCCCUUCUUUUUCAGUAGAUUUUGAAGGUUUUCUCUUUUGUGUUAAUGCCCAUUUGCCUCAUUGAGCAUUAGAAAUUCAGUUUCUGAAAAUGGGUCGUCGCUAAUCUUGCGAAUCCUAGUCUUUCAACCUCGAAAACUCUUUUGUUCAAGGAGGGUUUAUUGAGUUUUAGCAUGUAAAGUCAUACCAUGUAAUUGAUCUAUAGGGUUUUGCAGCAUUUUGUUUUGGUUAGCUUAAUUUUUGUUGGUGUUUGUGUUGAUGAUAUGAUAAGUGGAUAGGUAAUGGAUCCAAGCUUUGUUGAAGUCAACCGCUAGUUGAGAUCUUACCAGAUGGAGGUUGUCACUUUAUUUCGUUAACUCUUCCAUUGCAUCUCAUGAUUAGUUAUCUUCGCUAGCAGGCCUGAUUUUUAUUCAGAUAUGGAAUUCAAGUAAUCAGGAGAGAUUGCAGGGACUGAAUUCACCUGAGAAUUCAUCCGUUUUUCUUUUUAAUUUACAUUCAUUACUAAGUACUAACUGAUUCUUUUGUUCUUCGUAACUAUACAGCCAAAUCAUUCUUUCUAUACUCCUGCAAAAUGUAAAAUUCUUCAAUAGUACACUUGUUUAUGUACCUCAGCUGGGGUCUUUUAUGAUUAACAAACAAUGAACCAAUACUUUUUUACUGAAUCUAUUUUUGUUUCUUCUUUUCUAAUUUCUAUGCUGAUCAAGAAGUCAUCGUCUUUCUACCAAUAAUUUCUCAUAUUUGCUGAUGCAAAUCUAGCUACCAUUUUGGCCUCUCGAGUCCCUUAAAUUUGUGUCUUGAGUGUAGUGUCUUCAGUUUUACAUCCUGUAAGAUCUUUGUCAAAAACAAAAACUAAAAAUUAGAAAAGGAGGGAAACCAAGUUGUAGCACACACAUCUUCUUCAUAAAACUCUUGUCAUGGAAGAAACAUUUGUUCCUCUCCGUGGAAUCAAGAAUGAUCUCAAAGGAAGACUUUUGUGCUACAAGCAAGACUGGACUGGAGGUUUCCGUGCGGGUAUCAGGAUCCUGGCUCCUACAACAUACAUAUUUUUCGCUUCUGCAAUUCCAGUUAUAUCUUUUGGGGAGCAAUUGGAAAGAAAUACCUAUGGAACUCUAACAGCAGUACAAACUCUUGCAUCAACAGCACUUUGUGGCAUCAUUCACUCCAUUAUUGGUGGGCAGCCACUGCUAAUACUAGGGGUGGCCGAGCCAACAGUACUGAUGUACACAUUUAUGUUCAACUUUGCAAAGGACAGGAAGGAUUUGGGACAAAAGCUCUUUUUAGCCUGGGCAGGAUGGGUUUGUGUAUGGACAGCCCUUUUACUGUUCUUGCUGGCAAUACUGGGUGCCUGCUCUAUAAUAAAUAGAUUUACACGUAUUGCUGGAGAAUUAUUUGGUCUGCUAAUUGCAAUGCUCUUCAUGCAGCAGGCCAUUCGGGGAGUGGUGGAGGAGUUUGGCAAGCCCCAGAGGGAAAAUUCUAACCAGACUGCGCUCCUACCUUCUUGGCGUUUUGGCAAUGGAAUGUUUGCAUUAGUUCUCUCCUUUGGUCUUCUCCUUACUGCAUUGUGGAGUCGUAAAGCUAGAUCCUGGUGCUAUGGAACAGGUUGGCUGCGGGGAUUUAUUGCGGACUAUGGAGUCCCACUUAUGGUGCUUGUGUGGACUGCUAUAUCUUAUAUUCCAGUUAAUGAAGUCCCAAGAGGGAUCCCAAGGCGGCUUUUCAGCCCAAAUCCAUGGUCCCCUGGUGCAUACUCUAAUUGGACAGUUGUAAAGGAAAUGGUAAACGUGCCUCCACUGUAUAUUGUUGGAGCAUUUAUUCCAGCAACUAUGAUUGCUGUCCUUUACUACUUUGACCACAGUGUGGCAUCUCAGCUUGCCCAACAGAAGGAGUUUAAUCUGAAGAAACCAGCCUCAUAUCAUUAUGAUCUUCUUCUUCUAGGUUUCUUGGUCAUAAUAUGUGGUCUUAUUGGCAUUCCUCCUUCAAAUGGUGUUAUUCCACAAUCUCCAAUGCACACAAAAAGCUUAGCUACACUGAAACAUCAGCUUUUGCGGAAUAAGCUUGUCUCAACAGCCCGAAAAAGUAUGCGUAAAAAUGCAAACCUGGGUCAAUUGUACACAAGCAUGCAAGAAGCAUACCGUGAAAUGCAAACUCCACUAGUCUAUCAAACUCCACCUGCCCUGGGAUUGAAAGAGCUGAAAGAAUCAACAAUCCAGCGAGCCUCAAGCACUGGCUACAUUGAUGCUCCAGUUGAUGAGACUGUCUUUGAUGUGGACAAUGAUAUUGAUGAUCUUUUACCAGUUGAAGUCAAAGAACAACGCCUCAGCAAUCUGCUCCAGGCAUUGAUGGUUGGAGGUUGUGUUGCAGCAAUGCCUAUUCUGAAGAAGAUCCCAACUUCAGUUCUUUGGGGCUACUUUGCUUUCAUGGCCAUCGAAAGCUUGCCAGGAAAUCAGUUCUGGGAGAGAAUAUUAUUGCUUUUUACUGCUCCGAGUCGAAGAUACAAGGUGUUGGAGGAGUAUCAUGCAACCUUUGUAGAGACUGUUCCCUUCAAAACAAUUGCAACCUUCACCUUGUUCCAGACAGCUUAUUUGCUCCUGUGUUUUGGAAUUACCUGGAUCCCCCUUGCUGGCGUCCUUUUCCCAUUGUUGAUCAUGCUCCUUGUCCCUGUCCGGCAGUAUUUUCUCCCAAAGUUUUUCAAAGGAGCUCAUCUUCAAGACUUGGAUGCAGCAGAGUAUGAAGAAGCCCCUGCUAUAGCUUACAUGUCAUAUGAAGAUCAACCUCAGCCAAGAACUACACACAUUGAUGGUGGCGAAAUCCUUGAUGAAAUUAUUACAAGAAGCCGUGGUGAGAUCCGCAGAAUGCACAGCCCAAAAGUGACAAGCUCAACCCCAUCUUCAAUAGAUGAUAUGAAGCCAGCAUAUAGCCCAAGGCUGUCACAGAGGGCAUUCAGCCCCCGUCUGAAGGAGCUGAGGAUGGAACAUGACCGGAGGUUGACUGGAAAGGGAAUUGAUACAAAGCAAACCCCAAGCCCUGGGCCAUCAAUGCUUGGAAAAAGCUCUCGUGGUUCAUCUUCAGGGUAAAACAUGAAGUUUGUAAUUUUAAUGAGUAUAGUUUCAAUGUGCUCGAGAGGCCUUAAGUAUGUGUGACUAUUAUCUUGUGGGUGUGGUGUUUGUUGUCUCGUGGCAGUUUAGAUCAUCAGUCUUACUCUUUCUUGUAUUUUCAAAUAGUCUAGAGCAGAUGAUAAUUAUCAUAAUGCAAAACAUGUUUACAAUACCUCAAUUUUUUUCUCAUUCAUCUUCUUUCUGUUGUAAGUUAUCUGCUUGGUGAGAACAAUACAAGGACAAAGGAGAAACACGAGAGAAAUUAAUGAUUGCACAAAGAUGUGUAUAAUUUCCAUUCA